AUGCCUACAUUACAAAAAAAACUUCCAUCACUUGCGUUAAAAGAAGUCUUUGAGAUUUUAGCAAAUGAUAUUAAAACACUUUAUUCUUGCACACAAGUAAAUUCCGAAUGGUUUUGUGAAGCAUCUCCAUUAUUGUGGCGUGAUCCUUUUUCAAAUAAAUCAAAGACACACUUUGCUAUAGGAACUUACAUACAAGAAAUGUCUCUUCAAAAAAAGCAAAUUAUCAAAAAAAAUUUUAACAUUUCAAGAUUCGAAUCUAAUUCAUUAUUACCAUACUCUUCAUUUUUACGGUCUAUUAAUAUAAAUAAUUUCAUGGAUGCUGUGAUCAACUUUUGGCAAAAUUUCCAUAAAUAUUCUCAA